AUGCGGGUCGCCAGCCAAGGGGUUGACCGGCCAUCUGUCAACCCCUCGCAUCCAUCAUCCCCUCCAGCUGGCUUGGUGCUGGCGGGACCCUCACAGGCCCAGCCAUCGGCACCCGCCGCUAGAGGUCUACGCCGCAUGCGAUCGACUAUGGAUGCUAACCAAAACGCAUUGCGGGCGUAUUUUAGGGCGAAAGGGGGAGAAACCGGAGGAAUUGCUUACCGAGCUAGAAUGCACCGCUUCUUUUCUGAGCUAGAGCCGUCGAUCACCGUGACGGAACAGAACCUAGCGGAUCGGGUUCGGUACAUCUUACGCUCUAAUCUGUUUGAAGGUGCCGAACUCGAACGACUAAAACAUGAAGCUGUUUCUGCGUCGGAUGCCCCGACCUCUGCCAGGAGAACAGUUCCGCAAACUACGGUGCAACCUCCAGCUGUGGAACCAGCUGAAUGCCUGGCAGAGGUGGAGGACGAAGAGGAGGAAAUGGCUGCCCAGGACAUAGAGCAGAUGAGGAGAAUCUUGGAAGAGGCUAUAGUGGAAACACGUCGAAUGCCUUUCGAAAAUCGACCGCGAUUACCCCGCAUUCCCCUCAGCAAGCGCAAUCGUAAUGUCGUGAGGGCUCUGAACCCGAUGCUGAAUGUGUACCUUGCGGAUAGCCGGGAUCUUUGCGAUACGGACUCAAUCUUGUUUGGCGCCGCGAAGGCCGUAUGCCGAUACAUCGGAGCCAAACUACCAAAGACUGGACGCAGUACGAAUCAUCGUAGCGUAGUACCAGCGUGGCGAAAAAGAAUUGAGGACCGUAUUGCAAAGGCGAGAGCUCUCAUCGGCAGACUGAUUAGCUUCAGAUCGGGCAAUAAUAGACCGAGGAUUGUGCGCUCUGUCAGGAUGGCUUUGGGUGGAACGGAAGUAAGUCUGUCUCACCCGGACAUUGAACGUAAACUGAUGGAGCGCAUAGACGACCUGAAGCAGAGGAUUGCAGCAUGGGGAAAGCGGAUUCGUCGAUACAACGAGAGGACUAAACGGUUCAACCAGAAUCGUCUCUUCCAGAGUGACCAAAAGAGGUUCUAUAAGCAAUUGGAGCGACAAGAAUCGACCAGAGGAACGGGCGCAGGCCCAGAUCAGACCGCUACAGUGGCCUUUUGGCGAAACAUCUGA